AAAUAUUUGUAAAGAAAGUCCAUAUCAUCAAUCGGAGGCGGAAAUAGUGGUGGGACUCCGUUCUCGCAGUAGGUCGUCGAUAGGCCGAAUCGGAUUUGUAAUAGAGUAUGUGUUACGGCGGUCAACGAUUCCCGUCGAAGGACGAGUUUGCCGGCCACACGCGAGCUCGAGCAGCCACAGCUGCGGUGAAUGAAAACGCAGUAGUGGUGGACAAUCUCCGGGACCGGCUGGCAGAGACGGAGGCUCGGCUUGAGCGAGCCAGAGCUAGGGAAGCCGACAUCAGCCAGAAACUCGAGGAAAUGAAGCGUUUCGUCUGCGUCAUGGAGAUCCUUGAGAAUUACCUCAAGCGCCGAUACCAAGAACAUCAAGACCAGUUCGUUCGCCUCUACCCGUCUUCUGUGCCCUCAUGCUAGCAUUAAACCCGAAUUUUAAUUUCUGAUAUAAGCGUUGCAGUAUAGAAUUAAAAAAAGGGUUCGUUCUUUCCUUAUAUGCUGUUUCUUUUAUUCUCUCUUGUUUCGGAUUAUUCAUAGAUCCUGCUUUCUGUCGUGGGAAAUGUGUAUGAAUAGCAAUUAUGUGUGUUUUUGAGUAUUCUCUUGCAUAUAGGCUGCAUCUUAUAUCAAAUAUUUAUGUGUAUUUGGCUAUAGUUCUGCUACUGUAAGAAGUGAAAAGGAACCAAUGAAGUAUACUCUGAUCCUUGGGGAAGACAUGGC